UUGGUCUCAGUCCGUCUUUGUCGUCACGCAUGGCAAGUUCUUCGGGACAAAAUAUAAAGUUUGAACCGAAAAUUAACAAUUUUUCGAAAUGGGGAUCGGUCCUGGGGUCGGUUUUGUGGGGAGGUUGAGAUACAUCGCGUCCCCCGUUCUGUCCAUGAUUUGGGUGCCCACGCUGUACUACACGAUCUCCAGCCUUAGCAUAAUUCUGGCUCUGUGGGAGGCAGGCGACAUGACUUUGGAUGCACAAGAAAAACUACCCGAGGGACGAGAAGUGUUCGAUUUUAUAAUCGUUGGUGCUGGUAGUGCCGGGAGUGUGGUGGCGUACCGACUAUCCAAGAACUAUAAAGUGCUUCUACUUGAAGCUGGCGGUGAGCCAAAUCCACUCCAAUAUAUUCCAGGAUUCGCUGUAUUUCUAACGAAUAAAGCGCCCAUCGACUGGCAACAUAAAUCCGUUCCGCAAAAGUUUGGAAGUUUGAAUUCCAUAAAUCAGCAAAGCAGUUGGUCCGCGGGACGAGGUUUGGGAGGGACUGGGAAUUUAAACUACAUGAUCCAUUUACGAGGACAUACGCAAGACUUUGAUAAUUGGGCAAGAAUUACCGGAGAUCCUAGUUGGAGUUGGGCCGGAGUUUUGCCAUAUUACAAAAGUAUUGAGGAUUAUGAUGAAGGAGGAGAUGAAACUUAUCACGGAAUUGGUGGACCAUUGCGCGUCGGACUACCAGAUUAUGUAGGACUAGGCCCCGAAUUUGUGAAGGCUGGACAAGAAUUUGGUUAUCCGUCGGUCGAUUUCAACGCGCCAUUUCACGAAGGCUUCGAAGUUCUCAAAUAUCCGAUCCGACAUGGAAUUCGUGACGCACCGUAUCGUGCCUUCCUCCAACCCAUUAGGCGUCGGAGUAAUCUAGUCAUUAGAAAAUUCUCACAUGCAACAAAAGUUCUUCUCAAUGAAAGAAACGAAGCAGAAGGUGUCGAAUACGACCGUCACGGUGAGCGUCGUGUCGCUUUCGCCAGGAAGGAAGUAAUCCUAUCCGCGGGCGCAAUUACCACGCCUAGAAUCCUCAUGCUUUCUGGGAUCGGUCCUGCCGCCCAUUUACAACAGUUGGGAAUCCCCGUCCGUCGUGAUUUACCGGUCGGUCAUGGACUCCAAGAUCAUAUCGGGGCCUAUUUGGGACCUUUCUUUAUUGAUAAGCCUAGAACGCUCGCAUUAGAAAGGGAUCUCACACCAGGAGCGUUUGUAAAUUGGUUUACCUCCGGACGUGGCGUCUUAUCUUCUCCAGGAGCACACGCUGCCGGUAUGGUGUCAUCCUCGUAUGCUGCUGCUCGUGGGGAAGCCACUUGGCCCGAUUUGGUCCUCUAUCUCUUCGGAUUCUCGGUAUUUCGAACGUUCGGUGACGAAUUUUCGAAAGCAUUCUCGCUCAAAUUGGACGAGCAACGGAGGUACUACGAGCACGCUGUGGGGAAAGAAAGCUUCCUCAUUGCCGUGUCAGGGGCGAGACCGUUUUCCACAGGACAGAUCAAACUUGGCGGGUCAAGUCCAUACGACGCUCUAGUCAUCGAUCCCGCCUAUCUGACCGACGAGGGUGACGUAGAUGUCAAAGUGCUCGUCGAUGGGAUCAAGAAGACACUCCGUUUGAUCGAAAAUUCCACAACGCUUGGAAAAGAGAUGAACGCGCGAUUUACAGACGUAUCACUUCCGGGCUGCGAACAUUACAUUUUUCGUUCAGAUGCUUAUUGGGAGUGUUUCGCUAGGAGGAGUACGGUCACGUUGCAUCACCCGGUUGGAACAUGUGGAAUGGGUCGUGUCGUGGAUACGCAGCUUCGCGUGUACGGAACUCCUCGCCUAAGAAUAAUCGACAACUCGAUCCAGCCCAUCAUUGUUACGACGAACACACAAGCAUCCGCCCUCAUGAUCGGGGAGAAGGGAGUCGACAUGAUUUUGAAAUAUUGGGAAAAUGAACACUUGGAAAGAAUGGAUAACACUAGUUUUCAAUAUGGGGAAGCAGCAAAUAUGUCUUCAUCUUUAUUUAGGAUAACCACUGAUAAGAAAAGCUUUAGUACAAAAUUAAUGCAGUGGCAUAAUUUAAUACAGAAAUAAACAAUAUUGUUACUUGUUAGUCAAUAUUUUAAGAAUAAAAAUUAUGGAAAAUUGAGUCCUUUACAAAGGAAAAAUACAAGUUAUGUUACACAAAUAAAUUAAGAAAAUUAUUAUUUUUA